CAAUUUCACACUCUCUCUCUCUCUCUCUCUCUCUCUCUCUCUCUCUCUCUCUCUCUCUCUCUCUCUCUCUCUCUCUCUCUCUCUCUCUCUCUCUCUCUCCCCUUUUGUCCUUAUUUUUUUGAGGUGAUAUACCCUUUUGUCCUUCUCACUUUACUUUUUCCCUUAUAAAAGUUAGUAAAGGUCUUAACUCUUUACCUCAAUUUCCACCUGUUUUUUUGUGUCAUAUUCUUCCCCCAAUUCAACUUCACCACUAUGGCUGAUGUCAAAGAUUCCUUCAUGAUGGAACCCAAAUCUUCAACAACCACCAUAACCUCAUCUUCACAAAAACAUCAUAGGACUUUCUUGAUGGUUCAAAACAUCCUCAGAAUCUUUGUCAUUGUUCUUACUGCAGUUUCAAUUGUAGUCAUGGUCACUAACAACCAAUCUUUUAUGGUAAUAACUUUUCAGAUUGAAGCUCACUUUUAUUACUCUUCAUCUCUCAAAUUUUUUGUUGCUGCAAAUGGUGUGGUCUGUUUCUUGUCUGUGCUGAGACUGAUAAUCAACUUGCUGAUGAGGAAACAAACACCUCAAAGAAAAGAUUACUACUUCUACAUAUUUUUGUUGGAUUUGGUGAUGACAGUUUUGCUAAUAGCUGGAUGUGCAGCAGCCACAGCCGUUGGAUAUGUGGGACAGUAUGGAGAGAAACGCAUGGGAUGGAGUGCAAUCUGCAACCAUGUGCAAAAGUUCUGCAAAACCAAUUUGGUUUCACUUUUGCUUUCUUAUUUGGCUUUCUUUGCCAAUUUAGGACUCACAAUUUUAAUAGCUUAUAAGUGCACCUCAUAAAUUAAUCACAUUCACAUGAUGGAUUAUUUCUUGACCAAACAUGGUCCAUUUGCUGUAACUACUUCAAGGUUUUGUUGUGUCGUUUUCUAUGAAAUUUCUUAUAUGAAAAUUAUUUGUGGUAGAAAGAAAUUAUUUAGUUUGGUGUAUGGUUUUAAUUACAAACAAUAUUCUAGUACAAUACAUAACUACCUUAAGAAGAAAGAAAUUAUAUGCUUUGAUAAUGACAUGCUUCCUAUAAAA